UAUUCCCCUUCUUCGAACUUUGAGAAGCAAUUUUUUGCAAAUCGUCCAAUAACCUUACGAUUACCUUAUUUAAAAGCUAAAGGUUUUGCAGGAUCACACUGUGCUGUCGAGUUACGAGUACUUACCUUAAAUGUAUGGUGUCUCCCUCAGCCAUGGCCUAUCGGCAGCAAAGAUAGGAAGCUUCGUUUGAAGAAGCUCGCCGAUGCUAUUCUUAUAGAGAAAUACGACAUUGUAGGAUUGCAGGAAAUAUGGAGCAACAAUGACUACUUAGAGAUGGCGGAGAGAUUGUCAUCAUCGUUUCGCUUUCAUCAUUAUUUUCAUUCCGGUUUCACUGGUAGCGGUGUCUGUGUGUUCAGCCGGUAUCCUAUAGUCUCAACGCUUACUCACAGAUACUCGUUGAAUGGAUUUGCUCAUCACAUCCAUCGUGGAGAUUGGUUCGGGGGUAAGGUUGUUGGGUUGGUAGAAAUAGAAGUUGGGGAAGUUCGUGUCAAUUUCUAUGUUACACAUCUUCACGCAGAGUAUAAUCGUGAGAAUGAUCUUUAUCUUCCACACAGAACGUCACAAUCGUUUGAACUGAGUCAAUUUGUUCGCCACACCUCUCGUGGUGCCGAUGUCGUAAUUGUAGUUGGAGAUUUUAACAUGGAACCAGAAGAUCUAGGAUUCAGAUUAAUUCUUUCGCAAGUCCGUCUUUUGGAUGCUUGGCGGCUUGCUCAUCCUAUUGCGUCCCCCGAGGGCGAUCAAUGCCGAGGUGUUGUGCAUGGUGGAACAUGUGACCGUCCUGAUAAUUGUUAUUCUUUGAAGAAAUUCAGAGAGAAUGUAAGUUUGGAUGAGAGUAAACGAAUAGACUACAUUCUGUUCAAAAGCGAGCAAAUGUCUGUCUCAUUAGAGCAAUGCGACAUAGCAAUGAAUAAGAUUCCAAAUGAAAACCUCAAUUAUUCCGAUCACGUCGGGGUUCAGGCUCGUUUCAGGAUUGAAAUUGAAUUUCAGUUAUCGUGUGAAUGGGAGCCUAAUCGGCCGCUGCUGAUUGAGGCAAUAGGAAUAGUAUCGGGUGGACAACGAAGAGCACGCUCCGAUCGCACGUGGUUUGUCUGUGGCGCGAUAUUCAUAUUCGUUACUAUUAUUUUAUCCUUAUUCCUGGAUAAGGUCUUUCCGGUCAUAUCUUUGCUGUUCGCCUUGACCGUUGUUAUGGCUUUCUGUCUAUGGUACGGAGUAAUAGGACUUACAUUGGAGAGAAAAGCUCUUAAAGCUGCCAAGCAGUCGAUGCGGCAGUUACUUAAUGAUUGA